AUGGCCUCCGUAAACAGUUCGUCUCCACUCAGUCUUUUCUACAGAUAUUUCCAUUAUACGCUGUCUUUGCUCGUAGUCGUUCUUGUCAUUGUCACUUUUGGCAAUUUUCAAGUUUUCAUUUCAAAGCAAACGUUACAUCAGUGGGAUGGAGACAUUCCAGUGUUGGUACGUUUCCUUGGAAACUGCUUCCUGUUGCUUGUUUUCAUCAUGCAACACAGUGUCAUGGCAACUGAGUGGUUCAAGUCCAAUUUGGCAACAUGGUUGCAGAUAAAUGUGUCUGAGAGGUUGCUCUAUGUGACCUGUACUUGCAUCACACUCCUGUUUCUGAUCCUCUGGUGGCAGUCAAUUCCGGAGACUUAUCUGUGGUACAUUGACACUGAGCAGCGUAGUUUCCUGUGGCUGUUCUUUUUUCUGCUGCACCUUGUGGGUUGGGUUGCACUCGGGCUUGAAGUGCUGAUUAUGGAUUUUAGAGAAAUGAUUGGGGUUGAUCAGGUUUAUCGAUAUUACAACCAUCAGAACCCUCUGUUACUGAGGAGAGCAAGGAAGCUGAGAGAGAUCUACUCUCGAAUGAGACAUCCUGGUGCUGUCAUUCUAACAACCCUGCUCUGGCUGCAUCCACUGAUGACCCUGGAUCGUCUUAUUCUUGCAUGCACUUUGACCUCUUACACAAUUGGCCAUCAUAGUUUUGAUGAAUCUCAUUAUGAAUUUGCAGAGAAAUAUUUCACGGUGCAGUUCUCGGAGACAGUGCACAAGUCUUAUACAAGAAAUCAACAUUCAUAG